AUGGCGGCCGCUGUCGACACACAACCUAACCUUCCAUCGCGAUACAGAGUUGAACCAGGCUCGUGCGAUAUUCCUAUCGGUGUUCUCCCCGCAACCACCACCUCGACCCCCGAAAACCCGGACCCCAUUGCGAGCGAUUUGAUCGCAAAAUUAAAUGAUAGCAUCGCCAGGCAGGAUAGCGCAGCUCUAGCCUCCCUCUUCAUUGAAAAUAGUUACUGGAGAGACCACCUUUGUCUCUCGUGGGAAUUCAGAACCCUUAAGGGCUCAUCGGCCCUUUCAGAAUUCGCCGCGAAGAGCCCUUCGUCGAUUAAGCUCGAGGUUGAUCGGACUUCUGCACUCCGCGCGCCGCAUAAUGGCCCCAUUGAUGCAUUUGGCGAGGUUAAUGGGAUUGAAUUUUUCGUUACAGUGACUACCAUGUUUGGCAAGGGCAAUGGUAUUGUCCGUCUAGCGCAACAAGGCAAUGAAUGGAAGAUUUUCACCGUUUAUACCUCGCUCGUCGAAAUUAUUAAGCACGAGGAAGCGACCUUUCACCACCGUCCCGCUGGCGUGCAGCAUGGAGCGCAUCAAGGACGCACAAACUGGCAGGAUCGACGUAAUGCAGACGAAAACCUUGAAGGAAAAGAUCCCACAGUUCUUAUCGUUGGUGCGGGCCAGGGAGGUCUUACAGCUGCGGCUCGUCUCAAGAUGCUUGAUGUAGAUGCCCUUGUUAUCGAUAAAGAGGAACGCGUAGGCGAUAAUUGGCGCGAACGUUACCACCAGCUGGUUCUGCACGACCCAGUCUGGAUGGAUCAUUUGCCUUACAUCCCCUUCCCGGCCAACUGGCCCAUUUUCACGCCAAAGGAUAAGUUGGCUGAGUUCUUCGAGUCUUACGUGAGACUUAUGGAGCUUAAUGUCUGGGUCCGCACGGAGCUUAAAUCAUCAUCUUGGGACGAAAGUAAGAGGCAGUGGACCGUUGUUCUGCAGCGCACUAAGGCCGAUGGAUCCACCGAGACCCGUACUGUGCAUCCCCACCAUGUUAUCCAGGCCACAGGACACUCUGGAAAGAAAAAUAUGCCUCAUUUUAAGGGGGUAGAGAACUUCAGGGGUGAUCGCAUCUGCCACAGCUCCGAAUUCACGGGCGCAAAAGAGAAUUCCAAGGGGAAGAAGGCUAUUGUCGUUGGAUCAUGCAAUUCAGGUCAUGAUAUUUGCCAGGAUUUCUAUGAAAAGGGAUACGAGGUCACCAUGGUGCAGCGCAGCUCCACCUGUGUUGUCUCUUCAAACUCGAUCACUAAUAUUGCCCUUAAGGGCUUAUAUGAAGAGGGUGGACCACCAACAGAGGACGCGGAUUGGUUCCUUUCUAGUAUUCCAGGUGAAUUGUUCAAGCUACAGCAAUCAAAGGUGACAGAUCUUUGUAGCAAAAACGACGAAAAGACUAUCGAGGGCCUAGAGAAAGCUGGUUUCAAAGUUGAUCGAGGACCCAUGGAUGCUGGACUGAUGAUCAAAUAUUUCCAGCGCGGUGGUGGUUAUUACAUUGACGUAGGCGGAAGUCAGCUGAUUGUUGAUGGAAAGGUGAAGGUGAAGCACGGCCAGGAGAUCAGCGAGAUUCUGGCCAAUGGAAUUCGAUUUUCGGAUGGCUCGGAGCUGGAAGCCGAUGAGAUUAUUCUUGCCACGGGGUAUCAGAACAUGAGGACGCAAGCGCAAACAAUCUUCGGGGAUGACGUUGUUGAUCGCGUGGGGAAUGUUUGGGGGCUAAACGAAGAGGGCGAGUUCCGCACUAUCUGGCAGCGCAGUGGCCACCCCGGAUUUUGGUUUAUGGGUGGCAACCUUCUUUUGUGUAGAUACUAUUCUCGUCUUCUUGCGUUGCAGAUCAAGGCUUUGGAGACAGGGAUCGCGAAAUACUAG